AUGGCCGAUGCAGCUGCGAAACCGAUGGGACAGGGGCAGGUUGUCCUCAUCACCAUCGCGAAGAUCGUCGGUGUGCUUGCUUCGAUAUACUUCUUCUUGAUGGGCUUGGACAUGAUGGGGAGCUCCUUCCUGGUGCUCGGGGGCAAGGGUGCUGGAGACUUGUUUACCAUCGUUGACAAUCCAAUCUCGGGUUUGAUGGUUGGCAUUCUGGCUACGGUCUUGGUUCAGUCUUCCUCCACCAGCACCUCGAUCGUGGUGGGCUUGGUCGGUGCCGGCCAAGUUUCCGUAAAGUAUGCAAUUCCCAUCAUCAUGGGCGCCAACAUCGGCACGUCCGUGACAAACACCAUUGUCUCCAUGGCGCAUGCUGGUGAGCGUCUUGAGCUCGAGCGUGCGUUUUCCGGGGCUACAGUUCAUGACAUGUUCAACUUCCUCAGUGUCCUCGUCAUGCUGCCGGAGGAGGUCAUCAUUGGUGCCAUUGCGGGGGAGGGUGGUCUCUUGUACUACAUUUCGAAAGGAAUCACAGAGGCUGUAGUGGGACCUGAAACAGAUGUCACAUUUACGUCUCCGACCAAGUUCAUCGUCUCUCCCUUCACCGAUCUCUUC